AUGGCCAACAAGGAUGAAAGAGGUCCAGCAUCGAAGCGAGACCAUACCAAGUUUUGCCUGUAUUAUAAUGAAGUUGGCCACUUGACAGAGAAGUAUGUAUCUCUUCGUCAAGAGAUAGAAUCCUACAUUAGGAAUGGUAAACUGGCUAAGCCGAGAAACGAUCGGGAUGCUCAUCCCCCACCUCGAAAUCAUGAUGUAGUAAGAGAAAUCCUAACCAUUUCAAGAGGAAUAGCUGGUGGAGGAAAGGCUAACUCAGCCAGAAGAGCCUAUGCCAAAAGGGUGCAGACCGAAGAGGUUCUUUUUCUUGAAAGGCCUGCCAAGACCAUGAAACGAGAGCCAAUGGUUUUAUUAUUCACUGAAGAAGAUGCGAAAGGAGUAAUGAUGCCCCAUGAUGAUGCAUUGGUGGUAACGGUGACCGUGGCUAACCAUGUGCUCCAUCGGAUCUUAGUAGACAAUGGGAGCUCGGCUGACAUCCUCUAUUGGCCAGUUUUCAAACAAAUGGGUAUUGAUUGUAGUAGGAUCACACCAUUGGUUCUCCCUUAG